AUGGAAUGUGGACCGUUAACAAAUGAAGAAAGAGAAGAAUUGGAAGCCAUCAUGUACGAGGAUGAAGUAUGCGAAAUAGCUGAGAGGAUUAAAGAAGGACUUUAUGAAGUGGAGGAAGAGGGCGAAUAUAGAUUUUCGGAAAUGGUUGGAGAAGAUGUACAAAAAGGGAUUUGUACGGGUGAAAAAAAAUCAAUUCAAAUUGAUGAAGAUUUAUCUCAAAGAAUGGCAUCAGCAGUUUCCGAUACCGAAGAAGUGGUAGAAAAAAAUGAUGAUAAUUCAAUAACUGACGAAGUUUUCGAUGAUUUUUCAAUGACAUCAUCAGAAAAAUUAUUUUUAAAAGAUGCCGUCGAACCGGAAUCAGGUUUGUCGGGUGAAGCGAGAGAAGAAGAGGGUGAAAGUAUUAUUUUAAAACCGGAAGAUGAAGAAAUGAAAAUUGAUGAUGGAAAAUCAUUGGAAGAAAAAAUUGAAAGGGAAAGCGCUGUACAAUUGAAAGUACCACCGAAAAAAAAAAUCGUAUUAGAAGAUAUGGAAGAAUCUAUAAGAGCUAAAAUCGAAGCGAAGUUAGCAGAAGACGAAGAAAGUACGGUCGACGAACAAGAACAAGAAUUUGAAGAACUGAGUAGUUAUUUAUUGGGAGCAGCAGCAAGAGUACGAAAAUAUACGGCAGAGGUUUUAGGUUAUAAAAUAUUUAAAAAAUACAUGAGACAAGAUGUACCGGGUAUCGGACCAGCCAUUCGAAGCGAACAAGUUGAAAAAGUUGUGGAUUUUAUGGAUUUUUGGAGUCAUAAACAAGAAGAAAUGGUCAUGCCAAGAAAUAUAAGACAUUGGAUGUGUCCACCAUUGGAUAAAAUACCAAAUCCUGAACCUUAA